UCCUUUUAAGGGCAUUUCCGACGUGUAGCUCCUGGCAACUAGGAAGUUUACACUGAGUCGGAAAAUGGAGGCCUGAAAGGUUUUAAGUGUACAACCGAAACCAACGUUAUAUACGUAACACAUUCAUAUUUGCAUGUGUCCAACUCGAUAACAGUGGCAAUUUAACAUAAUAAAAAUGACUGAGGUGAUUUCUAAUGGUACUGUGCUCGCAGAUUCUACAUUUCGGACCAGGCCCAGUUUUCAGACCUACCUGUACACAGAUGCCAAUGCAGGUGGCCACUCAGUCUCGCAGAUUGAAGAGAAACGUAGGAUAAGACAUAUGAAAUUCCCUUCACUGAAGGGGAGACAAGAUGUUGAGUCGUUUCAACAUGAUUUAACGAACAUUUCAUAUAAGCGAUGGAACGACACUGGAGACUACCGUGCUGAAGCCCCAUAUAGAGACUAUGAUAACAUUGUGGACCCAGUGUCGGGUUUCGUCAGUGCCGGUGGAGAUGUGGAUCGCAAUACAGGUCACCAGAAAAUAAAGUCCCUUGUUCAAUUGAACACCACACCCCAAGCCUCGGUCCCCAAGUCUAAGGACUCCGAUAGGAAGUUUGAACCAGCUGCACCACCCGAGCUGCGACGAUCGAACACUUAUGAGCCCGGGGCACCCUCAGCAUGGAAUAGCAGGAAAACAUCUGAUAUUUGGAUUCGGUCACAGUUAGGAGGCUGGACAAGUGCCCAUGACACAAGAAAACCCCCACCAGAAGCCCAGGACAUGAGGAGAGCAAAGAUGCUUAACCAAGGAAAGUCCAUGUAUGUUCAAAAACCACCUUCAGAGCAAAGCAGGGAAGGUAGAGAUCAUCUGGCCAUGAAGUUCCAGUACAGUACAUCAACUCAGAAGUCUUUUGAGGAGGUCCCAUGGGAUGUGAUGCUACCGCCAAAGCAAUGGGCCCCAACCACAACGCUGGAGGAGCGCCCAGACAUGAUAUCCCAGACCUACACUCUGCACAGAUAUGACCCUGCCGCCCAGGAAUGGCAGAACGCUGGCAGAUCGUGGGACUGGUUCCAGAAGCGACACGCAUACUACAAGAAUGGACCCAUUGUUUUCUGUAGUCAGCCUCCCAGGAAGCAGCAUAUCCCCGGGUAUGGUGGGGCAACAGGGGCAGAUAAUCUGGAGGAGCUCGACAAUCCAGCCAUCCCAUUCAACCCUUACACGGUGAAACGUGUCACUAUACCUCGCUACAGUGAAACCUCACACAAGCCCAAUAUCCCUGGUUACCAGGGCUGCACCCUCUACAGGGGUCAUUACGCCCCAGCCCACAGCAACCCUGCACCCCCCAACAGUCAGGCCACCACUCAACUUGUGCACAAGGAGAAGCCAGUGGUAGGCUCACCGUCAAGUUCCCAGAAUCACAAGCGUGAAUCUAAGAUGUCCAAGAUGGUGACCCUGGUACCGCCAUGCAACCCUUUCAACCAGAUCAACAAACUCAAUGAAGUCAUAGCGAACAAGGUGGAUUAGGUCUUGUGAUAAAUAUCUGUUCAACAGUGUAGUCAGGGCAAAGGUAUGAAAAGCUUGUUAAGUCUGUCUUAACUUUAUCAUAAUCAUGAACUCAAGAUCUCAAUAUUAAACUUAAGAUAAUGAAUAUUAUGUUUAGAAAAAAACAAAACAAGUAAUAUGUAUGAAUAUUUAUAAGAAAUGAAAGUAUGAAAUGAAUUAUUUUUAAAUAUUGAAUUGUUUGAAAAUACUUAUAAUAUUUAAUACAAGAAUAGGUAGGUUCAUAGUUUAAGAUAUGUCAUAAGGUAACAUUUGUCUAAAUUUAGCCCUCAGUGAUUUUUAUUGCUUUAAUUUGUUACAGCCUGUGCCAUUUGAAUUGGGAAAAUUAGCGCGAUAAACCAUGAAAUUGGGAAAAAUAGCGCGAUAAACCAUGAAAUUGGAAAAAAUUAAGCAUUAUAAAUAGGAUUAUAAGUAACAGAAGUGAUAUUGUUUUUAAGUGCAUGUUCAGGGAGUUUUCUAGAAAAGGAGUCUGGUCAAAUUGGAAUAUUUUUAAUCAAUAAAAGUGGCAAGUUUGGGAAUUAUUUAUGGACAAAAAUGACUAAAUUCAAGUUAUAAAUUUUGUGAUAUGUUUACAAAAUAAAGUUGAGACCUAGAUUUAAGAAAUCAUAAUUAAGUUAUAUGAGACUUUAAAAAAAAAUAAAAAAAUAAUAAUAAUUUUUUUUUUUUUUUUUUUUUUGGAAAUUGGGCUUUUUUUUGGGAAAUUUUGGUCAGAUUUUGGGGAAAAAACGUGUAUUUUUGCGAUUGGGAAGCAGCCGAAAAUCGGCUGUAAAUUUGAGCAAAAAAAAUCACUGGCCCUAAAUAUGUUUUCAAUCACAUCACCAAAACAUUCUUUCGUUCAUUCACCAUUUCCUCUGUUAGAUAGCGAACACUUUUGUAUUUCUUACACCAUGAGUUUUCUAUUGCGAUAUUAUAAAAGUGUGUGUUUUGCUUUGAAUUGCUCAAACUUAGUUAUGACUCUUUUGUCUUUGGCAUCUUUGUUUCAUUUGUGCACAUGAUGUACAUCACAAUAGUUUAAUUGAUCAGGCAAACUAAGCAAUAACUGCUAGACUAAAUAAAUUAUAUAUAAUUAAAUUAUAAAUUCUGACCAAUUUUAAAUAAGAUGAUUGAUUAUGGCUACAAUUAUUCUGUCAUUUAAUUUGUAUCUUAUCCAUUGGACUGUGCUCUGUAAAAAGGGGGUUUAAUACAUGUACAAAAUCCCAGAUCUGAGACAACUCUUUACGCAAAUUCAUUAAACCUUUGCAUGCUGGGAAAUUUGUCAUCUGCUAAAAUGUUGUCUGCUGAAUUUCUAAAAUUAGCAUUUUCUUCGAUUUUUUUCAAAGAAUAUUAUCAGAAUAGCAAACAGUUUGGAUCCUGAUGAGACGCCAUGUUCUGUGGCGUCUCAUUUGGAUUUAAACUGUUUGCAAAGGCCUUCAAAAUUUGGUUCCCGCACUGAAAGGGUUAAACCCACUUUUCAAAGAGCACAGACCAUUUAUAUCCAGUAAUGUUUGGAUUCACUUCAUGUGUUGAUAUAUUUUGAAAUAUCUUGUUUUAUUAUAUGGUUUGUGCCAGCUUUUUAUAUGCUGAAACAACGAACCAUUAUUGUUACAUAGCUAUAACAUAUUUUUUCAGCAUUUGCUAUUACCAGUAUUGUUAUACAUGAUUAUGCAAUUUGUGUCUUACGAGAAUUGUGAUAUACCCAGUAUUAUUCUUAGUGUGAAAUGCACCCAGUAGUUACGUUUGUGCGCUUGCAGAAUAUUUGUUAUUUGCUUUGCCUUGUCUGUCUAUUGCUGUUGUUGUUUUUUUUAAUUUACUGUUAAGUAAACAUUUUUACUACUAUCUUUAUACAUUUUGUUUACAAAGUUUAAAUUUUUAGGAAUUUCUAUAUAUUUACGUUCUAAAGUAUGUUUUUAUUUUAGUAUAAUUAUCACUGAAAGUUUUAAGUCGCUUUACAUUCAUAUGAAAUGAGAACUAUUGUUCUGUCUGUAUUUUUUCAUUGUUAUGUUAAAACCAGCACAUAUAUUGUUGUGGUGUGUCUUGCAAUACUAUUAUCCAGUUAGCUCUUGUUUUUGUUAUCUUGACUGUUGUUAAAGUCUUCCCCUAGUUUUUAUGCCCCCGGUAGGGUGGCAUAUAGCAGUUGAACUGUCCGUCAGUCAGUAUGUCGGUCCGUCCGAAAAAAAAACUUUAACGUUGGCCAUAACUUUUGCAAUAUUGAAGAUAGCAACUUGGCAUUCAUGUGUAUCUCAUGAAGCUGCACAUUUUGAGUGGUGGAACUUUCAAGGUCAAGGUCAUCCUUCAAGGUCAAAGGUAAAAAAAAAAAAAAAUCAAAGCGGCCCAGUAGGGGCAUUGUGUUUCUGACAAACACAUCUCUUGUUUGUACUUCUUUGCAAAUCUUGUUAUCAUGUUAUGAUUUGUUGUGGAAUUUCCAGUGGUAAAUCACUUUACAUGUGAAGAAUUUUAGAUAUCAGCAUUAUUUUGGUCAAUUUUGUAAGGAUCCAAAAUGGAAGUAUAUCAGCAUUAUUUUGGUCCUUUUUUAGGAUCCAAAAUGGAAGUAUUUUGGCAUUUUGUUUAGGAUCCAAAAUGGAAGUAUUUCAGCAUUAUUUUGGUCUAUUUUUUAGGAUCCAAAAUGGAAGUAUUUCAGAUACUUCAACACAAGGAAUGCUAUUUCAAAAAAUGCUUACAUGAGUAAUUAGUAUUGAACAUGGAAAAAUGUAAAUUAAAUCUAUGCAUUUAGAACAUUAGCUACUUGUAAACUGCAUGCAUAAUUGAUUUAUUUUCCUUGUCAGGGACCAUAUAUUGUUUCUGUGUGUUAAGUAAUACUGCACUAGCACCGGUACUCUUGUGCUUUUAGCUGAUAAAUUGAUUUUGAAACUCCCAAUCAUCUAAUUUGUUGGACUGAUUUAGUUAUAUUAACAGCAACGGGUAAAGCUGUUUUGUUUUGUAAUGUUAAACAGUAAUUUAACUCACUUUGCAUUUGAAUUCAUAGUUUUGAUUUGUAAACUAAUUAAUUUUCUUAUUUUAUUAUCCACAGCUUACAAUGGGCAGAUUGCAUCAACUGUACAAGUAAUUAUUGUUUAUAUUGUCCAUAUACAUAUGCUGUAUGAUUUGCUGAACUGUGAUAUGUAAUACACAGUAUUGUGACUCAUGUGAUAUAUUGUAGCGUUUGUAUCUGCUAGAGCUAUCUAAAACUAAUGUAAUAUAUCACUGGUAAUAAUGUCUUGGUCACCUGAACAAGAAAGAUCAAGGAUUUUCUGCAUGAUUGAUUUUUUGCUAUAAUAAAAUGAAAACAUUUACAAUAUAUCAAAAUACAUUUUGGUUGGCAGAAAACCAAAAUCAUGAUGGCUUUAAUCAAAUGAAUUUCAGGCGUUUUGAUGUAUUUAUCUUUACUACUGUGCAGUAUUAAGAUUGAGCAGUAUUUUACAGUCUGUAGUAUUGUAUUGGCAGUCUUUUUUCAUUGUUAUAUUGUUUCUUAAUGAACAUGCUUGUGUACUUUUUAUACUAGUUUAAUUAGAAGUAAAUCUAACAAGUUCGCAAGUAUUCAUUACUAUAAAUGUUUAGUUUGUAUCACUUUAUCAGUGUUAGAUAUUGUUCUUGCCCACACAAUUUUAUGUUGUUGACAUUGUUGUUAAGGUUUUCAUAGUUUUAAUGCUUUACUUAUCAUAUAAAAACAAUAUUGUCAUAAGAAAAAGUUUUUAUUGGUUUUGAGCUCGAUUAUUCUGAGACAUCCAUCUCACCCAAAUGUUGGCCUUGUCAACAGCCAAAGCAUCUAGCGACACACAAUGUUUGCAUGAAAACAUGUUCAUAUCUUAGAAUUUACAACAGAUAGUCUGAUGAAACUUCACACAUGUGUUAGAGAUUAUCAUGCAAGGUCACAGAUCAAGGCCUAUAACUCUGACCUGCCUAAAGCAGAAUUAUGCCCCUUUUUGUACUUAGAAAAUUCAGGUAAAUGUUCAUCGACUUUUUUCUCCAUCUGACAUGAAGAUCAAGCAUGGAGUUGCAUUUGGGGCCUAGAACGAGGUCACUGUUGCUAAAAAAUAUAUAACGAGUUGGGUUGGAGUGACUUCAGUUUGGAUGAAUAUAUUGUACUGAAAGUUUGUGUUAAAGUAGCUUACAUGCAUACCAAGGUUGGGAUUGACUUUGGGGCCAGAUGGGUCAAGGUCACUGUUACUAAAAAUAGAAAAAUGGAUUCUGCUAAAUAACUUUAGUCUGUAUGUAAGUAACAGGUGCUGUAAUUGACUAUGUGGGUUGCUUAUAGGCAGACCUUGCUUGCAAUGUCAAUUAAAUUCCCCUAACUUCAUUGGUAAAAAUGUGAAAAUAUAAUUUAUAGACAGUAUUAUGACUUGUUUUUGCUCAAAAUUUGUCAUCAUUAACUUCACAUAUACUAUACAUGGUAGUAACUACUGAUGAUAUUUAACUUCAAAUAUGUUUUAAUAUAUCAGACAAGUCACACACAAUUGUUCAUUAAUCUAUCAGAGCAGAAGAAUAGUCAAGGGCUGUAUAAUGGAAGAGCUUUUGUUCAAAUAAUUAAAUUAUGAUGUAUGCGAAAUUGCUUACUUGUACUUUCUUGGUAUCAUAUAGAAAAGUGAUGUUUAGAAGAAAAGCAGUCAUUGUGCUUUAUGGACAAUUUAUUUGCCAUUAACAAUUGUUCCUGCUAAUAAGGUAUUUUUGUAUGUAAAACCAUGUUGCAGAUUCUGACAUGAAAUCUUAGUAGAUGUUUGCCUUUUUUGCACUGUAUUCAAAAUUUAUGUAUUAUACACUUGCAUUGCACCCAGGGCAUACCUAACAGAAACUCAUAAGUAAAAUUGUUAAUUUUCAACACCAUUCUUAUAAAUAAUAUUAAUGUCUUCUUUUUCUUUUGAGUUGCAUAUGAAAGAUUCAGCUUAUCUUUCAACUGCCUAUUUACUGUUCAGUGUGGAAUGUGCUUCAAUAAAAUCUUGAGCAAAUCUU